UGCUGUGGAAUAUACUGCUGAUUCCAGGGAAGGGGAACGCUACUGUCCUGCAGCUCAAGCUUUCUGUUUGCCCUGGCCCUGGGGGAAAAGACUUUGAGAAGAUGGAGAACCAGAGGAGAGCACUCUUGGGAUACGUCCAUUGGGAAGGAGAAGAGGAAGGGGAUGAGGAGAAUGGAGUGACUCCUGGUGCUUCUCCUUCCAGCCAAGUGAGCAAACUGGAAGAUGUGCAGGUGGAGAUGCUUGAGAAGGCAAGGGAGCUCUUCCAGCUGUGUGACAAGGACGAGAAGGGUUUUAUCACCAAGGUGGACAUGCAGCGCCUCCAGAGUGAACUCCCCCUAACCCUUGAGCAGCUGGAGACUGUUUUUGACAGCUUGGAACAGAACAAUAACGGAUAUCUGACGCCUGUGGAGUUCAGCAUGGGACUAGGAAAGUUAAUAGGGAUUGAAUUGUGUCAAGGGGCUGGGAGAAUGGAUCACUCCAGACAUGAGGAGACCUUUGAGUCAGGCUGGUCAGAUGACUUGGACCCGGCAGAUGAUGAUGGUGAAGAGAAACGAUUCUGUUCCAUGAUGGAGCAGCUCGGAGCAGCCCAAAUGUUUGAAGAUCCGCGUGAGAUUCGGGAGCUCUGGGCUCGGCUACGAAAGGAGCGUCCGGAGCUUUUAUCCAAUUUUGAAGAGUUUCUGUUGCGUGUUUCAUCAUACAUAAGGGAGGUGAAUCACGAGAAGGAGUCUAUGGAACAGGCAUUGAAGCGGAAGGAGACAGACCAUGACCGAGAAGUCAGGUGCCUUUAUGAAGAAAUGGAGCAACAGAUCAAAGCAGAAAGGGAGAGGCUGAUCUGCCAGGAAGCACUGAGACAUGACAGGAGUAACCUGCUCCAGAAGGAACUGCGCAGCAAAGAGCAGGAGCUGGAGAAAAUCCUCUACCGCCAGAAGAAGCUGGAACAUCAGCUACAGUCGCUGAACUCGGAGCAGCUGGAGACUCGCGUGCAGAACGAAAGGCUCUGGCACCUGAAUGAAAAUCUGCUGGAAGAGCUGGAGAAGAGCAAAUGGGAGCUGGAGGCAGUGAAAGGGCAAUUACAGAAGCUCCAGAAAGAGGCUCAGCUUGAGCAAGAGCAGAAGGACAGGGAUGUGUUUAGAGUCUCCAAGAACAUGCAGAAAGAGAAACAAAGCCUCCUUCGGCAGCUGGAGCUCCUCAGAGAGAUGAACAAGAAACUUCGAGAUGAGCGAGACGCUUUUGAAGCCAAGAAGCUGGCACCUCAGAGCAAAAAGCCCCUGUUGAAGAAAGGGUCAGUGCUAGGCAGUUACCUGCUGGACGACAAGCCGGUCAAACGACAACUGGCCUCUGCGGACCUUCCCUUCACCUUCCCGGUGGAUGCAGCAGCGGAAGAACCCAACAGAAAGAACUGUAAAUACUUCCCAGGCAACGGGACACAGCUGAAGACUGGAGAAGGAGGCAAUGCAAACUUUGGAGAGAAGACCAGAGACAAGGAGAGAUGGUCAUUGGCAGCAGAUGCUGAGUGGCUGAAGAUGACUUUGAAGAGUGAUGCUGACUGUAGAAGAAAUGCAGGUGGAUUAGAUGAUGCUCCAUUGCCUCCUAGAGAACGGCCUGUUGGCACUGAAACCUGGCUCCAGGCACUGGAACCAGCCAGCCGUUCCCCAGACCGCAUCUUUAAAGUGGUGUUUGUAGGGAACUCCGGCGUUGGGAAGAGUUCCUUCAUUCACCGCUUCUGCUAUGACAGGUUCUUGGCUGAGCUCAAUGCAACCAUCGGUAUCGAUUACCAGGUGAAGAGUCUGAUGGUGGAUAACACCCAGGUUGUCUUACAGCUGUGGGAUACAGCUGGACAAGAAAGGUUUCGAAGCAUUACCAAGCAGUAUUUUCGGAAGGCAGAUGGGAUUCUGGUGAUGUAUGACAUUACGGCUGAGUGCUCCUUCACGGCGGUGCGAAAUUGGAUGAGCAGUGUCCAGGAAGGUAUCGAGGAUGGAGCUGUGGUCUUUCUGCUUGGAAAUAAAAUGGAUGCUGCACAGAGAGAGACCCGGACUGUGCCCAAGGUGGAGGGGGAAAGGCUGGCGAAGGAAUACAAGGCUGUCUUCUACGAGUGCAGUGCAAUGACUGGCUAUAACAUCAUGGAGCCCAUGCUGCACAUGGCCAGGUUGCUGACAGCACAAGAAGACAGGCAGAGGGAGAAUGCCCUGCGGCUGGAAGAUGUCAGCAGGAGGAAAGGGUGCUGCACAUAA